AUGGCCAGAGGAAGUACAUUGAAUUUGCAAAUAAAAAAAUUGAUUAUUUUGAAAUAUCUAUCAGGCAUUAAACAAGCAACCAUAGCCAAACAGCUGAAUUUAAGCCGAUCGGUAAUUUGCAAAGCUAUUAAACUGUUCCGCCUCAGAAAAUCGUUGGUAAGCCCUCCUAAGACUGGUAGACCGCGAAAAACUACACCUAGGAUUGAUAGGAAAAUUAAAACACUUGCUCUUAAAAAUCCAUGUACUACUGCUGUGGACAUAAAAGCUCAACUUAAAGAAUUGAUAAAAAAAUUCGGACUGAACAUCCAGAAAAGUUCAAAAAUAGUGCCGAACUAUUUGAAACGAUCGAAGUCGCCUGGAAUUCUAUUCCAAAGAAACAAUAGAUAG